UGCAUCUCUCUGGGACAUGCAUCACCCCUGCAAGAUGUGGGCAAAGACAGUUACAGGAAAUUUUGCCAAGGUGAUUCAUGGUUUGAAUGCAAAUCAGAUGACAGAUCAAGUAAUUCAGAGAAGUAAGCGAAUGAUUCUGGAUACUCUUGGAGUGGGGCUCCUGGGUACCAGCACUGAGGUCUGCCACAAAGUGGCACAGUACAGCAAGAUCUACAGCUCAGAUUUAUCCAGUACCAUCUGGGGCCACUUGGAUUUCCGACUGCCUCCUCUGUAUGCAGCUUUUGUGAAUGGAGUGGCUGUGCACUCAAUGGACUUUGAUGAUACUUGGCAUCCAGCCACACACCCAUCCGGGGCUGUGCUCCCCGCACUGAUUGCACUCUCAGAGGCCUUUCCUCAGAAGAAAAAGAUCUCGGGUCUUGAUCUGCUCUUAGCUUUCAAUGUGGGAAUCGAGGUGCAAGGCAGAUUGCUGCACUUCUCCAGAGAAGCCAGAAAUAUUCCAAAAAGGUUUCACCCACCGGCUGUGGUUGGUACAAUGGGGAGUGCAGCAGCUUGUGCUAAACUGCUAGCUCUUGACCAGCUGGAAUGUAAAAAUGCCUUGGCUAUUGCUGCCUCCUAUGCAGGUGCUCCAUUGGCUAAUGCAGCAACCCAAAUAAAGCCCCUCCAUGUUGGGAAUGCUGCCAAGCAUGGACUGGAAGCAGCUUGCUUAGCUUUACAGGGCCUUCAAGGAAACAAACAGAUCUUGGACAUGGAGUCAGGGAUGGGUGCCUUUUAUACAGAUUACAGCCCACAGACUCUGCCAACCUUGCAGUCCUACCCCUGGCUCUUGGAGGAGCAAGAUGUGGCCAUCAAACGCUUUCCUGCUCAUCUUGCAACACACUGGGUGGCUGACGCGGCAUCUUCUGUUAGGAGGAAGCUUGUGGAGAGCAGUGAGAACUUGCUCCCCCUUGAUAAAAUUGAAAAAGUCAUUCUCAAAGUCCCUGAGGUCAAAUAUGUGAACAGACCCAGUCCAGCCUCAGAGCAUGAAGCACGACACUCCUUCCAGUUUGUCGCAUGCUCUGCUUUGCUGGAUGGCAAAAUGUCAGUCCAGUCCUUCGCCAGUGAGAAUGUUCACCGGCCAGCCUUGCAAGCACUCCUCUGCAAAACACAGCUGGAGCACCCUCCUGACAACACCCCCAGCUUUGACAGCCUUUACUGCGAAGUGAGUGUCACGCUUUGGGAUGGCAACACCAUCAGCGACCGCUGCACUACCUUCUACGGGCACUGGAGGAGACCUCUGAAAAAGGAAGACUUGGAGAAAAAGUUUCAAUCCAAUGCGCUCGGCAUCCUGCCCACAGAAGCCAUGGAAGGCAUUAUAGAUACUGUGUACAACCUGGAAAAAGUAGAGGAUUGUUCUGUAUUAAGUACAUUUCUAUCAGGACAGUCAGCUAGAGCACUUCCAGAGAAGCUGCGCUUCCUUUGAAUGUUCCAGCCAACACUUACAUGCUCUUCACAAAGCCAAUGCAAAACUCAGGACAAAUUCUUAGUGACUCAAGCAGUUUUAAAUAAGACUCCUGUAACACAAGACCAUAUUCAGUCCAAUAUUGUAGGUUUCGACACAGUAAAUAAUUUGGUGAUUAUGUGCCCAGCUUUGCCAGGCAAAGUGACAGAGACCUGUGAGCACCAGAGUACUGCUUCUGUGAGACAACUCAGUGUCUACAGUGGACCUUGAUAAUGAAUUCUGGGAAUUUUUUUCUUCCUGCAGGAGUACAAAGCCAUGCCAAAUUGAGCUUCUAGGAUAAGCUGCUAACCUUUUGUUCACAUUUGUAGGAUCAAAGCAUGCGCUCUAACACAUAUAAAAUUGUCUU